AUGAUUGUCUUCUUGGGCUGCUGUUGUGAGAUGACAUUUGCAAAUAUCCUUGCCAACGCUCUAGGAGUCACAGCUGUGCUGACUUUCUUUGCAGUUCUGGCGGUGUUGGGCUUUGAAAGCGUCUCUUCAAGCCACAGUCCCUCCUCGGAAGGGGCAUCAGGGAUGAUGUCGCCCCAGGAUGGGGACAGAGCUGUUGGUUCCACGACUGACACCGAGCGGCUUCGUCCCAGGACCCCCAACCGGAGGACGAGGUGA